AUGGAGAGGUCCCUGGAGUUGGUCAACAUGACAAGAGUCCAGGAGUUUGUCUUGUUGGGUUUGUCCACAAGGCCAGACAUAAGGGAUGUCCUGUUUGCCAUCUUCCUGACCCUCUACCUGCUGACCCUCCUGGAGAACACGCUCAUCAUCUACCUCAUCUGCAGUCACAUCGAGCUCCACAAGCCCAUGUAUUUCUUCCUGGGCAACCUGAGCUGCCUGGAGAUGUGCUAUGUGUCCGUGACCAUGCCCAGUCUGCUCGUGGGUUUGUGGACUGGACCUUACCAUAUCUCCUUCACAAUCUGCAUGACACAGCUUUUCUUCUUCAUAGUCCUCAUCUGCACAGAGUGCACCCUCCUGGCCUCCAUGGCCUAUGACCGCUACGUGGCUAUCUGCCGCCCACUCCACUACCCACUGCUCAUGAGGCCCCAGGUCUGCCUGGGCUUAGCCUUGUCCUCAUGGCUUGGGGGGAUGCUGGUCUCGGUGGCCAAGACGACAUGCAUUGCCAGCCUUUCCUACUGUGGCCCCAAUGUCCUCAACCAAUUUUUCUGUGACGUCUCCCCUCUGCUCAACCUGUCCUGCACCCAUGUGGCCCUGACGGAGCUGGUGGACUUCAUCUCUGCCAUUGUCAUCUUCUGUGGAACACUGUUGGUAGCAUUGGCUUCCUACUCGGCCAUCGUGGUGGCUGUGCUCCGCAUGCCAUCAGCUGCUGCCCAGCGCAAGGCCUUUUCCACCUGUGCCUCCCACCUGAUUGUGGUGGGCAUCUUCUACUCAGCAGCCCUCUUCAUUUAUUGUCGUCCCAGCCGUAUCAAAUCCAUGGACCUCAACAAGGUGCUAUCUGUCAUCUACACGGUGGUCACGCCCAUGUGCAACCCCAUCAUCUACUGCCUGCGGAACAAGGAGGUCCAUGUAGUGCUUCGGAAAACUCUCCACUGGCCUUGA